AUGCAUAAACAGAAGUAUGUUGUGGUCGGUGGUGGGCCUGUCGGCUCCCUUGCCGCCCUCUAUGCGGCGAAGAGAGGUCAUGACGUUGAGAUCUAUGAGCUUAGAAGUGAUCUACGUGACCCUUCGACCACACCACUAAACUUCACCAAGUCCAUCAACCUGGCCCUGUCCGAAAGGGGCAUCAACGCCAUGCGUCACGUUGACGAAGGAAACUUGCUUGAGCACGUCUUCUCAGCUACCAUCCCAAUGCGAGGAAGAAUGAUACACGGGAAGCGCCCAUCCGGCGAUCUCUAUGAAGAGCCGCAGGAUUACGAUGUCCACGGACGGACAAUAUUCGCUAUUGACAGAGCUGGUCUGAAUAAACGUCUUUUGGAUAUUCUCGAGGCAAUGCCUAACGUCAAAUUCUUCUUCAACCACAAACUCACGGGAGCCGACUUCAAACAGCGCAAGGCCUGGUUUGAGGUUCGAGGCCAGACAUCUUCUUCGGGACGCCCAGAGGAAGUCGAGAUCGAUUUCGACUUCAUGAUCGGAGCGGACGGGGCCCAUUCUGCUGUCCGGUAUCAUCUCAUGAAGUUCGCAAGGAUGGACUACUCGCAAGAAUAUAUUGACACUUUAUGGUGCGAGUUCCAAAUUCCGCCGAGAACGGACUCUGGUGAUAAGGGCCCAAACUCCAGAUUCCAUAUCUCACCAAAUCAUCUCCAUAUAUGGCCAGGAAAGCAGUUCAUGUUCAUCGCGAUUCCAAGCGAGGACUGCUCCUUCACCUGUACCCUCUUCUUACCGAGUACCGAGUUUGCGACAUUGGAGGCGGACUCUUCUACAUUGCCAGCGUUUUUCGACCUUCAUUUCCCCGGUGUCACUACCCUUAUUAAUCCCAACGAACUUAUGUCCUCUUUUGAAGCUAACCCUCAUCUUCCUCUGAUCAGCAUCAAAUGCCGGCCUUAUCACUUUUCUAGUUCUGUGGUUAUCUUGGGCGAUGCGGCGCACGCAAUGGUACCCUUCUAUGGACAGGGGAUGAACGCCGGCCUUGAGGAUGUACGCGUUUUAUUUGACCUUCUGGACAAAUAUGAAACUACUGAGAGCAGUUCACCUGGUGAUGCCGUCUACCAAAGAAGCAUGAGUCUUGCAGAAUACUCGGCAUUGCGUGCUGCUGACGCUCAUGCGAUCAACGACCUAGCUCUGCAGAACUACGUGGAGAUGCGCGCUUCGGUCUUGUCACCCACAUACCGGUUUCGAAAAUACUUGGAAGAGCUCUUGUCAGUCCACGUGCCAAGCUUGGGUUGGCAUACAAAGUACUCUAGAGUCAGCUUCGGGAAUGAGAGGUACUCGGAGGUAGUGUCAAAGAGUGACCACCAAGGCAAGGUCCUCAUGCGCGGGCUCAUGGCGCUGCUAUACAGCCCUUUGCUGGUUGGUGCGGCUGGCUUUUUCCUGAAGCGGAACUGGCGGUUCGGCGGGCCUCUUGACCUGGCCAAAGGUGUAUUCCGUACAGGAAGAUAA